UGAGCUUGCGGGGGAAUGUCCUAAUUCAGUGGAGGAAGGAGAGCAGGUCUCAGGUCAGAGCCAGUCCUCUCUCUUCACAGUAUAAAGAGGGGUCACACCAGCAGCAAGACACUCAGAGGGACAUCUCUCCUGUUAGUGGACUCACCUGCUCCGACUCCUUCCUAACACUCCCUAAGCUCUCAACAGCAACCAUGAGUGUCAGGAUCUCCUCAUCCAGCUUCAGCAGCGGUGGCAGCAUGAGUGGCAGUGGCUUCAGCAGCGGUGGCGGCGGUGGCUUCAGCAGUGGUGGCGGCUUCAGUGGCGGUGGCUUCAGCAGCGGUGGCAGCGUCAGGAGGAGCUUCUCCAGCCAGUCCGCCCUGGCAGGUUCCAUUGGUGGCAGCCGCAUGAGCUCUGUGUCCAUGAGGCGCUCUGUCGGUGGCGGCGGUCUGGCCAUGGGAGGUGGUGGCGGUGGUUCCAGCUUCAGCUACGGCAUGGGCGGAGGUGGUGGUGGUGGAGGUAUGGCCCUCGGGGGUGGAGGCAUGGGUUUUGGAGCUGGUGGUGCUGGCUUUGGACUCGGCAUGGGUGGUGGAGGUGGUGGCUGCAUUCCACCCGCCAUCACAGCUGUCACCAUCAACCAGAGCCUGCUCGCCCCCCUGAACCUGGCCAUUGACCCCAACAUCCAGACAGUCCGCACCCAGGAGAAGGAGCAGAUCAAGACCCUCAACAACCGCUUCGCCUCCUUUAUUGACAAGGUGCGCUUCCUGGAACAGCAGAACAAGAUGCUGGAGACCAAGUGGAGUCUUCUCCAGGACCAGACCACCGUGCGCUCCAACAUCGACUCCAUGUUCGAGGCCUACAUCGGCAACCUGCGCAGACAGUUCGACGGCCUGGGCAACGAGAAGGUCAAGCUGGAGGGAGAGCUGAGGAACAUGCAGGGUCUGGUUGAGGACUUCAAGCUGAAAUAUGAAGAUGAAAUCAACAAGCGUGCCUCAGCGGAGAAUGAGUUUGUUCUGCUGAAGAAGGAUGUUGAUUCUGCCUACAUGGUCAAGGUAGAACUGGAGGCCAGGGUUGAUGCCCUUCAGGAUGAGAUCAACUUCCUCAGGGCCAUCUAUGAGGAGGAGCUGCGUGAGCUGCAGGGACAGGUCAAGGACACCUCUGCUAUUGUGGAGAUGGACAACAGCCGUACUCUGGACAUGGACUCCAUUGUGGCUGAAGUGCGUGCUCAGUACGAAGACAUCGCCAACCGCAGCCGUGCUGAGGCUGAGACCUGGUACAAGGCCAAGUUUGAAGAGAUGCAGUCCUCUGCUGGCCAAUAUGGUAAUGACCUGCGCACAACCAAGUCAGAGAUCGCAGAGCUCAACCGCAUGAUCAGCCGUCUCACAAGUGAGAUUGAGGCAGUCAAAGGACAGCGUGCCAGCCUUGAGGCCCAGAUUGCAGAGGCUGAGGAGCGUGGUGAGAUGGCAGUGAAGGAUGCCAGGCUGCGCAUCAGGGACCUCGAGGUGGCCCUCCAGAACGCCAAGCAGGACAUGGCCCGCCAAGUGCGCGAGUACCAGGAGCUGAUGAACGUCAAACUGGCUCUCGACAUUGAGAUCGCCACCUACAGGAAACUGCUGGAAGGAGAGGAGUCCAGAAUUGGUGGUGCCUCUGCAACCGUUCACGUUCAGGAGACCUCAGCUGCUGGUGGAGGCGGUGGCCUGGCCCUUGGUGGUGGCGGAGGAUUUGGCUACGGUGGUGGUGCCGGAAUUGGCAGCGGUGGUGGCGGAGGAUACGGCUACGGUGGUGGUGCCGGCAUGGGCAUCGGAAUUGGCGGCGGCGGUGGUGGUGGUGCUGGAUUCGGCUACGGUGGUGGUGCCGGCAUGGGCAUCAAAAUUGGAGGUGGCAGCAGCAUGUCCAUGUCUCAAUCCUCCAGCUCCAACAUGCGCUACCCCUAUUGAUAACAUCCUCCACCUCCAACAUGCGCUACCCCUAUUGAUAACAUCCUCCAGCUCCAACAUGCGCUACCCCUAUUGAUAACAUCCUCCACCUCCAACAUCCUCCACCUCCAACAUGCGCUACCCCUAUUGAUAACAUCCUCCAGCUCCAACAUCCUCCACCUCCAACAUCCUCCACCUCCAACAUGCGCUACCCCUAUUGAUAACAUCCUCCACCUCCAACAUCCUCCACCUCCAACAUCCUCCACCUCCAACAUGCGCUACCCCUAUUGAUAACAUCCUCCAGCUCCAACAUCCUCCACCUCCAACAUCCUCCACCUCCAACAUGCGCUACCCCUAUUGAUAACAUCCUCCACCUCCAACAUCCUCCACCUCCAACAUCCUCCACCUCCAACAUGCGCUACCCCUAUUGAUAACAUCCUCCACCUCCAACAUCCUCCACCUCCAACAUCCUCCACCUCCAACAUGCGCUACCCCUAUUGAUAACAUCCUCCACCUCCAACAUCCUCCAGCUCCAACAUCCUCCAGCUCCAACAUGCGCUACCCCUAUUGAUAACAUCCUCCACCUCCAACAUCCUCCACCUCCAACAUGCGCUACCCCUAUUGAUAACAUCCUCCACCUCCAACAUCCUCCAGCUCCAACAUCCUCCAGCUCCAACAUGCGCUACCCCUAUUGAUAACAUCCUCCACCUCCAACAUGCGCUACCCCUAUUGAUAACAUCCUCCACCUCCAACAUCCUCCACCUCCAACAUGCGCUACCCCUAUUGAUAACAUCCUCCACCUCCAACAUCCUCCACCUCCAACAUCCUCCACCUCCAACAUGCGCUACCCCUAUUGAUAACAUCCUCCACCUCCAACAUCCUCCACCUCCAACCUCCUCCACCUCCAACAUGCGCUACCCCUAUUGAUAACAUCCUGAGCAACAAGUGUUCUUUUUGAAGCAUUUCCAAACACGGGCCCAUGGAGCUUCAGAAACAACUCAAAGUGAUAUCCUGGCCCUCAAUGAAUAAAGUAAUUGUUUGAUAGCUUACAGUAUGCAUAGUCAUCUUUUAUUCUGUUCUCUACAUUUCUCCUGGGAUAAUGGGCCUUGCAGAGAGCUUUGUAGACAGCUCUCUGUUAUCACUCACUUCUCCAUGUGUCCCUGCAACCGCUGAUCUUGACCAGAUUUAGGAUGUGCCAUGUACAACAAGUGAAAACACUGAAUAAAUCUUGGUCCUAUAUAAAGUA